UGUGUCUCUACAGUUCUGAUUGACGUAGUGAAAACAAAUAACUCUCCCCAAAUUAUUGCUGCAUGAAUUCAAAAAGUUUAUUGAUCUAAUAACGCCAUGCUGAGUUUUAAAUUUAUUCCUAGCCGCAUACAAGUUUCUUUACGCAAUAGUGUAAAACCUUAAAUCUUACAUAAACAUAAUUUUAAAUUAAAUUAAAUUAAAACUACUGCCUAAAAUCAAAACUACUCUCAUCACCUUAGUUCUCUGAAGAACUACGAUAUGCCGAUUAUAAUAAUUUUUGUAGGACGGUCGAAUAAACAUAUAAAGCACAUCUAACGGUUAUUUGGUCAAAUAACAAAUGAAAUUUAUCGCCUUCUAGCAAAGUAUAGGUCUAACCAAGGUCUUAAUUACGGGACUUGUGUAUAUUGAGCGGGAUUUGCUGGUUCAAGAAAAUAACAUGAGUAGUUUAAGACCGACAAGCUUAUCAGACGCCGCGUUAUUACAACGCCUGGAUAGCUUAAGCAGUAACAGUGAGCCGUCGUCUCCGACUUCCCAGGUGGGUGUGGUGCAAACCACUGUGACUUUUGCAUCGGCGCCAACCAAAAACAAUUUUUCGACAAAACCAUUGCCAAUUACAGUCAGUAACUCUCAAUAUAAAAACAACAAUAAUAACAUGUCUCUGCCGUUUAAUGGUUACUUAAAUGGGAGCGAUAAUGCCCCGAGUGAGCCAGUAAAUGCAGAAAAUAUGGAUUCUAAAAAUGGAAUGAGUAUAAUUUGCUGUCGCAUUAUUUCGGACCUCCUCAUUCUGGGUUGUGUUGCAUUACCAGUAUUGGCAUUUCAUCUCUGGGGCACAUCAUAUAAACGCGGAUUUUUCUGUGGCGAUAAGUCUUUGAAACAUCCAUUCAAAAAAAAUACUGUGGACAAUUGGAUGCUAUUUCUGAUGUGUUUCGUAAUUCCAAUAUCAUUAAUCACCACCGUCGAGUUUUUUCUCUCCCACUACAAUAGAACCCAUGGACUCUGUAAUGUGACCUUCCAGCGUUAUUUUAUUUGUCGGUUGGAAAUUGCUGACUGGAUCGUGGAGAGUUACAAAAAAAUUGGACUAUUAAUUUUUGGUUCCGGAGUGGGUCAAUUGACUAUGGAUAUUGCUAAGUAUUCAAUUGGACGUUUACGGCCACAUUUCUUUGCUGUAUGUCAACCCGUCAUGACCGAUGGUAGUACUUGCAAUGACCCUGUAAAUGCUGACCGUUAUAUUGAGGAAUUCAUUUGCACUGGCAAUGCCACACCCCGUAUGCUUAAGCAAAUGAGCUUAUCUUUUCCCAGCGGUCAUGCGAGCUUCGCCUGCUUCGCUAUGGUAUACAUUACGGUUUAUUUAGAAAAACGUAUGACCUGGGAACGGUGCAAAAUGGUGAAGCACUUCAUUCAAUUUUUACUUCUUAUGUUCGCUUGGUAUACGGGGUUAACACGUAUCUCCGAUAGCCAGCACCAUACAACGGAUGUACUUGCCGGAUCUGCGAUUGGGGCGUUUUAUGCUAUUGUGUUGAUACGAACAAUGUGGUGACCAAAGAUUCAAAUACACACCUCCGAUGGAACCAUCGUCAUAGCCUACAGAACUAGAAAUGCCUAACAUUUACAAAAUAAUUUAUUUUAAUACAUACUUAUAUACAUUUACAUAUAAUAAAUCAAAUAAAAAUAAUAGCGA